AUGACUCAAUCUAAAAAACAACAACAACACUAUGAAUCAAAACGAAUGCAAAUCAAAACCCCACCCCUCAUGCACCCUGUCCAACCCCAUUCCAUUAUUUUCAAAUAUUAUAAGUACAUAGUGAUUAUCAAAGGGAAAAAGACAGUACAAAAAGCAAUGGAAAAAAUAAUAAAAAAUAGAGCUCAAAGUCUACCAAGAAUGCUUCAACAAUCAAGUAAUGGCCCUCUGUUCACUCUAUCUCUUUCUCUUUCUUCUUCUUGCAAAUCCUGCUUCUUGACUUCUACUCUCUAUCUUUCUAUUCCUUCAAAUAAAUGGUUUGCACGGGGGGGAAAAGAAGGAGGAGCUUUAGCCCAGCUGACCUAG